UGUUCCUGUGAUAAAGUGGACUUUAAUCCCAUCACACAGCGCAGAGUGUAUGAAGCCGAACCGGACCGGGCUCAUUCAUCAAACGGGAGGACUUCACUGGUCAUAAAGCUGUCAUCAUCAUCAUCAUGGUGACGACGUGGCAGCGUGCGAGAGACGAUGGAGGACGUUUUACAGACACAGACUGAAGAUUUGCAGCAGAAACAUGUCUGAUUUGUGAAUUAUAUGUGUUUGAUUUGUGAAUUAAUAAUUGAAAGGAGUUGCAUGUUAAUGUUGUGUGAAGUUUACACCCAGUUGCAGUUUGCCUGAGGAAACCACCGAUUUUGCAAGCGGUGCCAUGAUGACACCUCACAAUCGAGUGUGUUUUGAAAGAGUUUGAACUGCGGAUGAAGACUUCGUGUUAAAAGCCCGAGUCACGCAGUGAAGCUGACUCUCUCUGAAUUACACAAGGAUUUAUUCACACACGCUCAAUGGCUAAACCCAUUCCCAUCCCGAUGCUGAAUGUCCUCCCGCCGUCGUCAGAUAACGACUCCUGGUCCCCGUCGUCAAGCCCGCUUCCUCGGAGACGCCGGAUUUGGGCCAAAUCCGCCAAGAAACGCAGAACCCGAGCUCAGGAGGAGAGCGAUCCGGGGGACGUGGACAUGAAGAGCAAGGAGACAAAGGGGAGGAGCUGCUUGUCUGUUGGUGUAGAAGGGGAGGGGCUUGUAAAGGAGGAAGUGAGCAACUCCGCCUCCUUCCUCCUGCCUCCGUCUCGGUGUUCCUCUCCAAGCAGCAGGCGGUCUCAGUGGUUAUUGCGCAGUUUGCUCACAAAGGAUUCGGACUGCGAAAGCUGCAGUACGGCCAGUAACUCUCCCCGCAGCACUCCUGGCAGUUCUCCGUCUCUACGGCGACGGGUGCUGGGUGGGCGGGCCAGUGAAGGAGAGGGGCAGAAUGAGCGCACCGGAGGGGGCGGAGCUGAAAGCUCUUCACUGCCCACAGCCUCCUCCUCUUCCUCCUUACUUCCUUCACUCUCCUCCUCUACCUCCAACUACCCAAUCGGCUCACGGCACUUCACCCGCAAUUCCAAGAAAAUGCAAAGCUGGUACAAUGUUAUCAGUCCCACCUAUAAGCAAAGGAAUGAAGAGUUCCGUAAACUCUUUAAGAAACUUCCAGAGACAGAGCGUCUGAUUGUAGAUUACUCCUGUGCUCUACAGAAGGACAUCCUGCUGCAGGGGCGUCUCUAUCUGUCUGAGAACUGGAUCUGCUUCUACAGCAACAUCUUCCGCUGGGAGACCACUAUCACACUCCUGAUGAAGGAAGUGACGAAUAUGACGAAAGAGAAAACAGCGAAACUCAUUCCAAACGCCAUCCAGAUCAGCACUGAGCAGGAGAAGCACUUCUUCACCUCUUUCGGAGCAAGGGAUCGCAGCUUCAUGAUGAUGUUCAAGCUGUGGCAGAAUGCGCUAAUGGACAAGACACUGUCUCCUAAAGAGCUUUGGCACAUCGUACACCAAUGUUAUGGCACAGAGCUUGGUCUGACGAGCGAGGACGAUGAUUACGUCUCUCCCACUGAUGAGCAUGUCAACGGCCUGCUGCUGGGUGACGAGUCCUCCUCUGAUGUGAUGGAUCCGUCCUCAGCCUCAGCAGUUCCUGGAUCUUCUCCUUCAUCUUCCUCUUCCGUUCAGCCCCUGGAGGUUCAGCCAUCCAAACACAGCGCAGAGCCGGAGACGAGCCCAAAUACACCCUCCACCACACCCUCCAACACACACUCCACACACCCCGCCUCUGCCACUGUUGCUAUGAAUUCAGAGGAAUGUGGGCAGAAUGAUCAAUCAGAACCAACCAGUCAGGUAGCACCAAUGGCUCACAUGUCAUCGCUGGAGAUGACCAAUGAUGAGGACCUUCCCACUGAUCCGAGCAACUCAUCUGAUACGCAGGAAGAGAGUGAGGUGGAGUCGUUCUGUGGUAAUCUGCGAGGUCGGCUUCACAUUAACACGGUGGUGAGGAUGAGUGUGGACAAACUGCACGAGAUGCUCUUCUCCGACACUCACUUCCUGCAGCACCUCUUCAGCCAGCGCAACUUCACCGAUCUGUCAGUGCAGGAGUGGCAGAAAGACAGCAGCAGCGGGGUCAGCACUCGAGUUUUGAGUUACACCAUCGCCAUUAACAACCCCCUCGGCCCAAAAACAGCCCCUGUGGUGGAAACACAGACUCUCCAUAAGAGCAGUUCUCGAGGUGUGUGUUACGUGGUGGACUCGGAGGUGAUCACAUCAGGAAUCCCGUACCAGGAUUACUUUUACACCGUACACAGAUACUGCCUCACUUCUGUCAGCACACAGAAGAGCCGCCUCAGGGUGUCGUCAGAUAUCUGCUACAGGAAGCAGCCGUGGAGUCUGGUGAAGGCUCUGAUAGAGAAAAACACCUGGAGUGGCAUAGAAGAGUACUACAGACACAUGGAGGUGGAGGUGUGUAAGUUGGAGACGCUGCUCCAGUCCGAGGUGUCGGUGGUGUGUGUGGGAGAAUCAGAAGCCGUUAAAGCUCCUCCCACAUUGCGCAGGCGCAAACACACCGGCUUGAAACGUGCAGAGGGGGUGGGGCAUGGAGGUGGAGUCAUUGAGCAAGGGGGCGUGACCCAGAGGGAGCGCAGAGACACAGGUGCACAGUACAUGAAGGUGGGUGAAAAGUGGCGUGGCUCUGCAAACAACAACAGCAUCACCCUCCUACUCAUCAUCAGCUUUAUUCUGGUGGUUUUGGUAGCUCUGAACAUGAUGCUGUUCUAUAAGCUGUGGGCUCUGGAGCGAGCUGCUCACACACUUGAGACAUGGCACUCGUACUCACUGUCAGACAGUCCUCUCCCCCAGUCAUCGUCUGAGUGGAUGAAGGUUCUGGAGUUACAGCGUCAGUUCCAUCAGGCACAAAUGAACAAAUGGCAGCAGAUCCUACACUCCUCCGUCACACUGCUCGACCAGAUGAAACAGUCUCUGGAGAAGCUCCACACAGGGAUAAUCAGAUCUGAGGAAGAGGAAACUGUCUCUCCUCCACCAUCUGAACCUUCAACAUCACCCACAACAGACACACUGACUGAGCAGUGACACACACACACACACACACACACACACCUUCCGAUCGUCUCUGAUCAGUGCACUGCGAUCAUGUGAUUGGGUAAAAUUACCCAGAAUGUUCAGCUCCUCCCACUGUGACUAACUGUGAAUGCAGCGCUGCCUUUCCUCGCACCCUAAACCCUCCACCCUGAACCUUCACUCACAAGAAACCAGUGAAAAAGCAAUAAACCAGUGGUGGUUUGGGACGGAGCCAAACUGUUCACGCCUAACUGAGUGAUAUUCGGAAUGGGACACGACCACCACUGAAUCACUGUUACACAAACGUGUGUUUGUGUGUGAAUUUUACACAAUACUCUCUCUCUCUCUCUUCUUUGUUUUGUCUUCUUUUUCCCCCUCCACCUUCCUCUCCUCUUUUUUCUUUUUUACUUUUGUUUUAUUCCUCACUUUUUUCUCUGCUGUUUGUUCCUUUACUCAGUUUCACUUUUUCUUUCUUAGCAUUUUCUCUUUCUCUGAUUCACUUCCGGUCUUUUCUUUUAUUUCCCUCUUUCUCCCUAACCCUGUCCCCACACACACACACACACACACUUUUAAUUGGAAGAGGCAGGCCCUCAUUCUUCAGAGCUUCUUCCUGUUUUUCUGGGGUCAGAGGUCACAGACCACACCCCCUCCUCAUCCACAGACUGAUGUUUUAUCUUCACAGAUCUCACUCUUCAUCAGUUAAUAAUUACCCAGAAUGCUCAGCUGCAACAUGUUUCAGUUUAUUUGCUGAACAAUUGGAACAUGAGAGACGGUGAGAUCAACCGGUUCAGUAUUUAUUUCUCUGACUGAAUGAAUAUCUUGUUUUGUGUGUGUGUGUGAGCGACAGGAAGCAGGAUCACGACCACAACAGCAAUAAUCAUGACGAGGAAAUGUGUGAUAUUAAUCAUGAAAUGCAGAGCUGCCUGUAUGAGUGAUGUAAAAACACUAUUACACUCAGUAACAGGGUCUGAAAUUAACUCCACCUCCAGAAAAAUUGUCUGUUAAAACCAUUAGCAACGGCACCAAAAUUGUCCGGGUGAUUUAUUCAUGUUGUUGAAACCAAAUAUUUUUUUUUUCAACACAACACUGUAUGUGGGAUGUAACCUGAUUAUCAUAAGCGUCAAAUGUAAAUAUGGAUUUGCAUAGCCCCGCCCAUGUAAGCACUACAAGCUUAUGUAUUUGUGCUUUUUCAGAAAAUGAGGCGUCAUCGAUACAAGAGCAGAUAUUUAUCUCUAAUUAUUUUAUAUCUGCAGGGAAUUCAGUCCUCCAGUUCACAAGGAGGCGCUGCAGCAGAAAGCUGACUUUUUAUGACCACAGUAAUCAUCAAUACAUCGAUUUUUGCGCAGAAGCAAUGCCGUGUCGAGACACUGAGUUACUUUUUAGCAAUUUCUCACCUUCUUAACAUGUCUGUAAAUGUUAAUAAACACUUUAAUACAUUUAAAUAAUUUAUUUGAAAAUAUACAGAUUGGACAAGAAUGUAUACAGAGAGACGAAAGUUGAUUUCAGACCUUGUUUUUUUGUGUGUGUGUUUUUCUCUCUCUUUCUCUUAGUAUUCUAUUUAUUUGAUGUUACGUUGACGAGCGUCUCCGGGUCACUCGGUGUGCGCACUCUUCAUCACUCAUCACCAUUGUAUUUUAUUGGAUCAAGACUUGAAGUGAUCAGGGUUACUGUAGGUCUGCAGGCGUGUGCUGAUCAUCGGUUAUAUGAUACAUCACGAUAUUCAAGCAGAAAUAUCGCCACGUUCUGCAGACAGCGAGAGGUGCGAGAUGUUUGAUCAAAUAUCUGUCAGAUCGUCUUCAUAAUCAGACGUCUGAUUAAAGAGAUCACAUGACAUGAAGGACAAAACACCAGAGAUGCACUUAAAGCGAAAUGAUAGUGAUAAACACUUUUUCAGUUUAUUGUUAACAUUUGUGAAACAUUCAAUAAAGGAUGUCAAUUAAACAGCAGCAGGCAGUAAAUCGGAGUUGGACUCUAAAGAAGCUCGAUACUAAAACAAAGAUUUUUAAAAAACAGCAUCUUUUUUAAUAUUUCUCCUUUGAUCAUGAUCUUAUUUAACAUAUUUUUCAUCUAGUUUUAAUUAAUGUAAAAAAAAAAAAACAACUCGGUUUCUGUGUGAAAAUCACACACUGGAUUUUUAUGUAUUUAUUUAACGUAAUGUGUGGUAAGCCCCGCCUCUUCUCUUCUCUUUUUUUUUUUUAAGUGUGUUACUGUGUAACCAAUCACAGUCGUUUCUCUGGGCAGGUCUAAUCUGAUUGGCUGCUGGCAGUCGCAGUGAGAGAGAGACAGAUCGUAUCUGCACCACAGUGAGAGAGAGUGAGACAGAUCAUAUCUGCGCCGCAGUGAGAGAGUGAGACAGGUCGUAUCUGCGCCUCAGUGAGAGAGAGAGUGAGACAGAUCAUAUCUGCGCCGCAGUGAGAGAGAGAGACAGAUCGUAUCUGCGCUGCAGUGAGAGAGUGAGACAGAUCGUAUCUGCGCAGACGCACAGCUUGUGAACAGGCAAGGCAGGCAACUGCUUGGGCCCCCCUGGCCCAGGGGCCCCUGAGAGUCGGGGGCCAAGGGCUUAUUUAUUUUGUUUUUUAUUGUUUUUAUUGUUCUUUACUAUUGUAUUUUCACAUUUGGAAUUUAAAAAACUUUGGUUUCAUACAUUUUUUGUUGGUGUCAGAUUAUUUAUAACAUAUUGGUGAUGAACACUGGUCAGAAGGGCCCCCUGGAAAUUUUUGCUUGGGGCCACAACAGACUCUAGAAUCGCCUCUGUAUCUGCGCCUCAGUGAGAGAGUGAGACAGAUCGUAUCUGCGCCUCAGUGUGAGAGAGAGUGAGACAGAUCGUAUCUGCGCCUCAGUGAGAGAGAGUGAGACAGAUCGUAUCUGUGCCUCAGUGAGAGAGAGUGAGACAGAUCGUAUCUGUGCCUCAGUGAGAGAGUGAGGCAGAUCGUAUCUGCGCCUCAGUGAGAGAGAGUGAGACAGAUCGUAUCUGCGCCUCAGUGAGAGAGUGAAACAGAUCGUAUCUGUGCCUCAGUGAGAGAGUGAGACAGAUCGUAUCUGCGCCUCAGUGAGAGAGUGAGACAGAUCGUAUCUGCGCCUCAGUGAGAGAGAGUGAGACAGAUCGUAUCUGUGCCUCAGUGAGAGAGUGAGACAGAUCGUAUCUGCGCCUCAGUGAGAGAGAGUGAGACAGAUCGUAUCUGCGCCUCAGUGUGAGAGAGAGUGAGACAGAUCGUAUCUGUGCCUCAGUGAGAGAGUGAGACAGAUCGUAUCUGCGCCUCAGUGAGAGAGAGAGUGAGACAGAUCGUAUCUGCGCCUCAGUGAGAGAGAGUGAGACAGAUCGUAUCUGUGCCUCAGUGAGAGAGUGAGACAGAUCGUAUCUGCGCCUCAGUGAGAGAGAGUGAGACAGAUCGUAUCUGCGCCUCAGUGUGAGAGAGAGUGAGACAGAUCGUAUCUGUGCCUCAGUGAGAGAGUGAGACAGAUCGUAUCUGCGCCUCAGUGAGAGAGAGAGUGAGACAGAUCGUAUCUGCGCCUCAGUGAGAGAGAGUGAGGCAGAUCGUAUCUGUGCCUCAGUGAGAGAGUGAGACAGAUCGUAUCUGCGCCUCAGUGAGAGAGAGUGAGACAGAUCGUAUCUGCGCCUCAGUGUGAGAGAGAGUGAGACAGAUCGUAUCUGCGCCUCAGUGAGAGAGUGAGACAGAUCGUAUCUGCGCCUCAGUGAGAGAGAGUGAGACAGAUCGUAUCUGCGCCUCAGUGUGAGAGAGAGUGAGACAGAUCGUAUCUGCGCCUCAGUGAGAGAGAGUGAGACAGAUCGUAUCUGCGCCUCAGUGAGAGAGAGUGAGACAGAUCGUAUCUGCGCCUCAGUGUGACAGAGAGUGAGACAGAUCGUAUCUGCGCCUCAGUGAGAGUGAGACAGAUCGUAUCUGUGCCUCAGUGAGAGAGAGUGAGACAGAUCGUAUCUGCGCCUCAGUGAGAGAGAGUGAGACAGAUCGUAUCUGCGCCUCAGUGUGAGAGAGAGUGAGACAGAUCGUAUCUGCGCCUCAGUGAGAGUGAGACAGAUCAUAUCUGUGCCUCAGUGAGAGAGAGAGUGAGGCAGAUCGUAUCUGCGCCUCAGUGAGAGAGAGUGAGACAGAUCGUAUCUGCGCCUCAGUGAGAGAGUGAGACAGAUCGUAUCUGCGCCUCAGUGAGAGAGAGUGAGACAGAUCAUAUCUGUGCCUCAGUGAGAGAGAGAGUGAGGCAGAUCGUAUCUGCGCCUCAGUGAGAGAGUGAGACAGAUCGUAUCUGCGCCUCAGUGAGAGAGAGUGAGACAGAUCGUAUCUGCGCCUCAGUGAGAGAGAGUGAGACAGAUCGUAUCUGCGCCUCAGUGAGAGAGAGUGAGACAGAUCGUAUCUGCGCCUCAGUGUGACAGAGAGUGAGACAGAUCGUAUCUGCGCCUCAGUGAGAGUGAGACAGAUCGUAUCUGUGCCUCAGUGAGAGAGAGUGAGACAGAUCGUAUCUGCGCCUCAGUGAGAGAGAGUGAGACAGAUCGUAUCUGCGCCUCAGUGUGAGAGAGAGUGAGACAGAUCGUAUCUGCGCCUCAGUGAGAGAGAGUGAGACAGAUCAUAUCUGUGCCUCAGUGAGAGAGAGAGUGAGGCAGAUCGUAUCUGCGCCUCAGUGAGAGAGAGUGAGACAGAUCGUAUCUGCGCCUCAGUGAGAGAGUGAGACAGAUCGUAUCUGCGCCUCAGUGAGAGAGAGUGAGACAGAUCAUAUCUGUGCCUCAGUGAGAGAGAGAGUGAGGCAGAUCGUAUCUGCGCCUCAGUGAGAGAGUGAGACAGAUCGUAUCUGCGCCUCAGUGAGAGAGAGUGAGACAGAUCGUAUCUGCGCCUCAGUGAGAGAGAGUGAGACAGAUCGUAUCUGCGCCUCAGUGAGAGAGAGUGAGACAGAUCGUAUCUGCGCCUCAGUGUGACAGAGAGUGAGACAGAUCGUAUCUGCGCCUCAGUGAGAGUGAGACAGAUCGUAUCUGUGCCUCAGUGAGAGAGAGUGAGACAGAUCGUAUCUGCGCCUCAGUGAGAGAGAGUGAGACAGAUCGUAUCUGCGCCUCAGUGUGAGAGAGAGUGAGACAGAUCGUAUCUGCGCCUCAGUGAGAGAGAGUGAGACAGAUCAUAUCUGUGCCUCAGUGAGAGAGAGAGUGAGGCAGAUCGUAUCUGCGCCUCAGUGAGAGAGAGUGAGACAGAUCGUAUCUGCGCCUCAGUGAGAGAGUGAGACAGAUCGUAUCUGCGCCUCAGUGAGAGAGAGUGAGACAGAUCGUAUCUGCGCCUCAGUGAGAGAGAGUGAGACAGAUCAUAUCUGUGCCUCAGUGAGAGAGAGAGUGAGGCAGAUCGUAUCUGCGCCUCAGUGAGAGAGUGAGACAGAUCGUAUCUGCGCCUCAGUGAGUGAGUGAGAGAGUGAGACAGAUCAUAUCUGUGUCGCAGUGAAAUGAUUAAAAAAAAAGCAAACGAAAUAUCUGGGAAAUUUUUCCUUCAGCCAGUUUUACGAAAUUCUCACGCAAUCUUUUACACAGAGUAAAGUGUUUUAAACAGAUUUAAGCGAUUUUAAUAAACUAGCUCUGAUUUUGUUCACUGUUGUCAUGGUAAUAGUUGUAGCCCCGCCCCCUCCAGCCACAGACUGGUGUCAGGUUCAGACAGACUGUAAACAAUGAGUCUGAUCUGGUCAACUGAUCAAUGCAACGUAUAACUGUAUCAGCACACGCCCACUGUAGACCCGACCAUCUGAAAGUACACACACACACACACACACACACACACACACACAUUUUAAUAUUUAUGUUGCUGAUUAAACAUUGAGGACCAAAUGGAACUCGAGCUCAAAGGGACCGUCCCCCCGCUGUGUGUCUGCAUUUCACACUUUGUGUUGUUUUUGUACAGUUUUAGCUGCUGUGUUGGAAUGAUGUCUUACUGCUGUUCCUUAUCCUACACUCCUCCUUUCAUAUCUCUCUCUCUCUCUCUCUCUCUUAUUUAUUUGCGUUAGUCUUGAGGAGGAAGUGCGAUUUUGCUGUAAAGAUCUGAUUUGGAUGGAAAACCAAAUAAAACUAGAACUUUAGGAAAAUGAAGCAUCA